AUGAUCGCCUGGAACUGCGCUCCACAGGUGCUGAUCCCAGGUUCGCAGUUCGAGUCGCACCUCUGGCAAGAACUGUCUGCCAUCCUCGGCUGCACCCGCCACCGGACCACCAGCUACCACCCGCAAGCAAACGGACUCGUCGAGCGGGUGCAUCGCCAGCUGAAGGCAGCCCUCCGGGCCCACGGGAACGAACGCUGGACCCGCUCGCUCCCGCUGGUGUUACUCGGCGUCCGUUCAGCCGUCAAGACGGACCUGGACUGCACAGCCGCGGAACUGGUGUACGGCCAGCCACUCCGCCUGCCGGCCGAGUUCCUCGGCGACGCGCCGACCGCCGCCGUCACGGACCCAGCCUCGUACGCCACUGAGCUCCGCCGCUACAUGCGGGACCUGACGCCAGUGGUGCCGCGCGCCUCGGCCACUCACCGGCCGAGCUUCGUGCCGCAGACACUCCGGGACGCGUCUCAUGUGUUCGUUCGACGAGAGGCGCGACCCUCGCUGGCGUGCCCGUACGACGGGCCGUACCGAGUGCAGCAGUGCGGUGACAAAACUGUGCGCAUCUUGCGAAACGGCCGCGAGGAAACAGUGUCCAUCGACCGCGUCAAGCCGGCCUUCGUAGAGCCGCCUGACGCCCCGGCCGCGGCGGCCGACUGCGGCCCCAACAACUGUAUUUGA